AUGAAAUUUCUGGGGGAAAGGUGGUUGUUAUCUACAAAGGGUGGUUCAAUUCGGAGAGCAACUACGCAAACUAGUACGAACACGACGAGGGAUUCGCAGCUGCUCUCUUUGCUCGCCGCUCGUCGGCGACAACUGCUCAGUGGAAGAUUGGCGACACAUAUCAACACAAUAGCUUCAUUAGCACAGAAGGCUAACAAAACAAACACAACAUUUGCCCAGUUAGAAAUACGAGACUCAAACAACUCUACAGUGAAGAGAAUUACGUUUGAAAAUUCUAAUAAGGAACCGUCGCCUACAUUAAAACUUGUAACGUCUGAUGGUACGAAGGAAGUAAGACAAGAUGUCAAGCCUCAUGAAAUACGACAUUUAUUCAUACCUAGACUCUAUCAAGAGAACAGGAGCAGAGCAGCAUUUAAGAAUAACAGAAGACGAGACGGCUACAACAAGGCUGUUACGGUACCUGAAAGAAUAGAAGUAACUGAACCUACCAUUAUUUACGUCCCACCCGAAAAAUAUGAAAAUCUGGAUAAAGAUAUCGAAUUAGAUCCUGAAGAAGUCUUUCAAGUGGACGAAUCGAAUCACGGCCUGUAUUUACUUAAUUAUUCCGACACAGAAAAUAUAACACAAUAUAGUGAUUUUAAUAAUACGGUUUCUAAUAACGUAGUUUCGGAAGAUGCUUCUAAAAUAGAAAAUACGACACAGGUUAACGAGGUGCCGACUCUAAACAUAACGACUCUAAAACCUGAAGAAAAAGAUUCAAAUGAGAAAUUAGAAGCUAACAUAAUAGUUAACAGUACUUUAACGGAUAUUAAAAACACAAAACUGAUAAGGGUGGAAAAUGAUAAAGGAAAUCAAACGUUAUUCUUGUCUGAUGAAGUAUACAAUCGCUUUGGUCCUCUAGAGUCUGAGCUGCCGGUCGAAGAAAUGGCACCUUUCAAGUUUUUUGGUCAAAAACUCGGCGGCCAAGUAAUAUCAGAUAAUUUAACUGAUUCUCCAUCGCUAUCAGCAUCAACAAAAUCUGUUAACUUUAUUGUGCCACCUUCCGAUAAACGAAAAUUCAAUUCAAGAUAUUCAGCCACUGAAAAAUACAAAAAUAUAAGUGUAGAUGAAGAAGAAGUGAAUGAGGAUAUGGAUGUAUCCGUUGUGAAAAAUAUCAUAGAAAAGAAUAAGAUACGAAAUACUGUCAAAGGCCCAGCACCUGCUAGGCACGUGGGCUUAGUAAACGCGUAUAGAAAGUUUUCAAGUUCCACACCAUCUACUACCAAAUCACCAACUACAGCACAACUAAAUGUCACUGAACCAAUUAUACAAAAUGUGACACCCAGUACCUUAGAUAAGGAUAGCAAUAUAACAUAUACCACCAAUAGUACUAUAGUAAAUAAUUCAGCCCUUAAAGAGAAUGUUACCCUACCUAUUUUAAAAGAUAAUCCCUUUAAUAAAACUAAUACAACGAUUACACCUAGAAAUUAUACACGCACUUAUUCAAGUCCAAGAAGACGUCCAUCAAGAGUUACUACAGUUAGCACUGAAAUAAUUCCCAUUCUUUCUACUUUGCCGAUAAAUGUCACCACUGAAAAAACAUCUACAACAUUUUAUACGGCUGUUGUAACAUCCGUAUCAAUAACAUCUUCUAUGAAAGGACAAAAUAAAACUGAUACAAACAUCAAAGAAGUUGACAAUAGUACUCUACCUCAAAUAAGCCAAUUGAAGACGAUCAAUACAACCGAGGAAGUAAAUAACAGUUCAACGCCUAAGGCGAUUCCACUGAACGUAACUGAAACUGCAACUACUUCUCCCUCUACUCCACGUCCGUACCGACACAGAAUUAGAAUCAGAACUACAACUACCGAAAAUCCAAAUCCAACAAUUACGCAACCUCUGCAAGCUAGCGAGUUAUCAUCAAAAAAUGUAACUCAGAGCAGAAAUGAAACAGAAUCAAAAAUUUCUGAAAGACUAGCAAUUCUAUUUCGGCAACCCAGUACAGAAAGCCCAACAGAUGGUACAAUAAAACCUAAGAAUAUCUUAAAACGAAAACGGCCAACGACUACAACGAGUACUACUACAACAACAACUACCACUACUACUACGACUCCUGCACCAUUACUAUCAACAGAAACAUCUACUGAACCUCACACUCCCUCAACUCAGGCUCCAAGUACUACACAUUAUACAACUGUUUAUACUACAAUAGAACCCGUAGAAACCACACCAGCUUUUAAACCAUUUGUAGUCACAUCUAGAACAUCUUCAGAAUCUAGUUCAAAAUCGGUUCUAAUUUCAAGCAACAUAACUAAGAAUACAGCAAGCAAAUCAGUAAAUAAGACUGAUGGUGAAAAAUCUGAGAAUGGAAAUGAAGAGGUUGUUAUAGAAGCAGAAAAGGCAUAUACAGCAUCUUAUGUAUUAGCAGGACUAGGGUUUUUACCAGUUGCAGCGAUUGUAGUUUUUGUUUUAAGAAGUGUACUGAAUAAAAAAACCAAAGAUAUUGAUACGGAAUAUGAAGGUUACUUCGAAGAUGGUGAUAUAAAAAAGGAGUCACCCAUAACACCAGUUGCAAGGCCACCGCUGCCUAUACCAACAAAUAAGCCUGAUCAAAAGUGGGAGUUUCCUAGGGGUAAGCUGCGGUUGCAGACGUUAUUAGGUCAAGGAAAUUUUGGUCAGGUUUGGAAAGCUGAAGCUGACGAUUUGAACGGCCAUGACGGAUUGACUAGAUUAGUUGCUGUUAAGAGCAUCAAAGAAACGGCUACGCAAAAGGAAAAACAGGAACUACUUCACGAGAUUUACAUCAUGCAAAAGAUUGGAACACAUCCUAAUGUUGUAACAUUGCUUGCAUGUUGUACUGAACAAGAACCCUACCUACUGAUAAUGGAAUACGUAAUGUGUGGCAAGCUUCUUACGUAUUUAAGAGAACGUAGAUCCCGGCCCGAUCGCUUUAGUGGCAGUGGCGCGCUCACUUCCAGAGAUCUGACUGUGUUCGCGUACUGUGUAGCAAGAGGCAUGGAUUAUAUUGCAUCUAAAGGGAUCGUCCAUCGUGAUUUAGCUGCACGCAAUGUUCUUGUUGACCAUAACAAACUAUGCAAAAUUGCUGAUUUUGGUAUGUCGCGGUGCGCCGGAGCCGGUGCAAGAGCUCCUAGAGGAGCGUUACCAGUUAGGUGGAUGGCUCCUGAAGCUUUACUGUAUAACGUGUACAGUCAUCACACUGACGUGUGGGCUUUCGGGAUUCUGUUAUGGGAGAUCGUUACACUCGGUUCAACGCCGUACGCAGCUAUGUCCGGCCGUGAAGUUUUAGCAGCCGUUACUGAGGGCUAUCGAUUAGAGCGACCUCCACACUGCAAGCCUCAACUGUACCGAGCCAUGCACUCCUGCUGGCAUGCAGACCCUUCUCAAAGACCAAGUUUCGCAGCUUUGAAAGGGCAACUUGCAGAACUCCUAGAUAACGAACCUUCAGAAGGAAACUACGUGGAUCUUGACUCAUUCUAUCAAGAAUCUUCAGUGUAUAGUGAUCCCUCAGCAAUCAUUAAUGACGACGAAGGGCUAUCUGCGGAGUACGACAGAGAGAGGCGGAGUUUUAGAGAACUUACCACUGGUGCUUCUAAAUUCGAGAACCGAGCUUUCAAUUUCCGCGAUGAAGAACUCAGGAGUAAGUUUGGAAUUGGAACAGCUCGCAUGGGCGGCUUCGGCAUCAGGGAUGUUCCUUUCAACGAGAGAAAUUUCUCCGACGGUGAAUUCAAUGAACGGAACUUUCAAGACCAAAACUUUAAUGAUACAAAUUUUAAUGAAAGAAAAGAUGGAAAGCUGUCCACCUCAAGUUUUCAUAGAGAUAGAGAACGGGAGAAUCCCCUGGUCAGCAGAAACAGUUUUAAUGGUUUUCCUAGAGUUGGAGGUACGAGAGACAGGGAUAGUCAUUUCCAAAUGGCUCCAGAUGGGAGGAAUAAAAGAGUUUCAGAGUUUGAAUGUGACAUUUAG